AUGGGUUCGACGCGUCGGCCGCCGUCGGUCGACAUCUACAACGAUCCCGACGCGUCAUUUCAGCACAGCGGCUCGUCGGACGUGGAAACGGCACUACUCAAUGCACUGGGACCACUCAGCGAUGCGUCAAACAAGCAGAAUAUGCACUUUGAGCGCCCACACACAUCUGCCGGAGGCGCCUCUCCGGUCAAGACGGACAGCUCGCCCAUGCGCCCCAUGAGCUCGAACAGCUUGACGGAGUACAGGAUACCACCACCGAUGCAGCCUGACUUCAACACGGACUCGCCGCAGAAGAACGCCAACUUCUACUCAGCCUACGCACCCCCGAUGCACCAGCGACCCGAAACUGCACCGGUCAACAUCUUCCACCAAGGACUGCCAGUGGACAAGGAGAACUUUUACGACUCGAACGCGUUCCCAGGGCUGCCGCAUCACUCUUUCGAAGAAGCGGAGUAUGGCUACAAAGCUCCACUGAAGAGAACCAUGUCGGACUCUGCUCCCAUGAAGAGUGGUGUGAUGAAGAAGCAGAAGCUCGAAGUUGAAGAGCCUAUCAUCCUGCCCGAUCCGAAGGACCUGCCCUCAAUUCAAGACGAUGGCACCAAGCCGACGUACAGCUAUGCUGAGCUCAUCGGCAUGGCCAUUCUGCGCUCGCCAAACCGCCGCCUUACUCUUGCGCAGAUCUACAAGUGGAUCUCGGACCACUACUCUUUCUACAAGCCUUCCGACAGCGGGUGGCAAAACAGCAUCCGCCACAAUCUCAGUCUUAACAAGAACUUCAUUAAGCAGGAACGUCCCAAGGACGACCCAGGCAAGGGCAACUACUGGGCCAUCAAGCCUGGCGAGGAGCGUCCAUUUUUGAUGGGUAAGAAGAAUCCAGUCAGGCGCAUCACGAAUCCAGACGGCUCUUCGUACAUGAAUGGACUGCCUGGCGAAUUUGGAUAUCGCACAGGUAACACUCCAGCUAUCGGCAACUUUACUUUGGCUCCCGGCCCAGUGAAGAAGAGCGAGACCAAGGCUAUCGACUCAGCAAAGUUCCCAGAUGAGACCGAGCUGUCUUCGGAUGGCACGAUUCCAGCCUCCGAUCCAGCGCUUCAAGAGGAUGACAAGGAUGAUUUUGCGAGCAUGAUGCCACCGCCAGCGCACAUACCUUCAUCGCCGCCUCCUGUCGAGCUCGGCUCUUCUCCACCGCCGAUGCUUGCUGAGGAGCGCAAGGCGACACCACCUCCCGUCCCGCGCUUCCCAUCCACCAGCAGGUCUGGCAACCGUCGUCAAAAGUUCGCUGGUCUCAAUGACAGUGGCUACUGGUCUUCGAUCGAGUCUUCGGCAGCACGUGGCGCGCCGCAUCCGCUUACUUCUGAGGCUGACAUGGCUCGUCCGCAGCGCAGCAAGAAAGGUCGUGCCGAACUUGAGAUUGCGCGCAUUCGGAGCUCGUCGUUUGACAGCCCGAACAAGGACAGGCUGAACUUCAAGGCUCCCGUUUCGCACUUCGUCUCAUCUUCACCCCUCCGUGAUGAUAACCCUCUGACCCCUGCCGUCGUCUUCAAGCGCCCUGCGAAGCCGCCGCCGUCGAUUUCGCCGAACACCAAUCUCAGGAACCACCGUAGCCGUAUGAGGGCUCUGCUUGGUACUCCGGGCAAUGCACUCACCCCAGCCAAAGAUGCAGGUCUGGUCGAAGAGAGCUUUAGUCCAGCGAUGAAUAACUGGAGUCCGGCCUUUAACAUUGGCGACGACAGUAACUCUGGGAUCAACGCAAGCCUCACACCAUAUCAGCCUUCAAAGUCUCUCUGGGCGUCAUUUGGUAAGACACCAGGCGCCAGCACGAGCAAGGUGUACCCAAACCCAUUUGACAUCUUCAUUGAUGCUCCAGAAGAGGACAUCGCUGCUCGUGGCUCACCUGAGAAGCGUUCGGCUAGGCGCCCUUCGCUCGCUCGGGCGGCCACUAGCACCAGUAUCCUAGCAGACAUCACUGGCAGCUCGAAGAGCGAUAACGUCACUCUUGCGCCGACCAGCAACAGCCCCUUCUCGCUCUCGCCCUUCAUCUCGAUGCCAGGCAAGCUGCGAUCGCCGGCUAAGCUGGGCUCGCCGCUCAAGCAGAGCUACAAGCCACCUACCAAGAGCGUGAGUCCUGAUGACAAGUGGCUCGACAUUGGCAUUGGCGGCGAGAACGUCCACCCUGGCGGCCAUGACACUACGGAUUUGUUUGGCGGAGCACACCUACCGAGCGAUGGGAGCGAAGAGGGUAUCGAUCUCUUCCAGGACUUCGGCAAGAUCGGUCAAGCGCAGCAGUUCCAUGCAGCCGACAACCGUGCGAACGGCAGCCCAGUGAAGCGUUCGAUGCCGCCGCCCGCCCGCCCAAGUCUUGGUCGGAGCAACACCAGCAGAUGGUAG